AUGGAGCAAGAGAAACCAGACCCUUCUCAUGUUGACCGGCCAAUCAACACUUCGCCUGCCCAUCCGAUUCCUCAACUGCAAGGCCCAUUUGAAGAAUCUAUGGUUGAGUCCGGCCUGGCGCAGAAAGAUUGGGUGGUAGAUAUCGAUGCUCAAACUCGGCGCAAGGAUUUGCUCGAACGUCCACAGUACGAACGGCUUUGUGGCCGAAAAUGGCGGCAAAGAGCAGAAGAAAGGCAAGGGCUGACCAGGGAGGAAAGCAGAUAUCACCCUUUGUGGAAAAUUAUUUCGCAAACUUCAUUUGGUGUACAUCUUCUGGCCAAUGGACAAGCAAAAUCUGAGGUGGAGGUCGUGCGGAUCCUACAAGACCAUGUGAACGAGUUCGACGGUUUCCUCGAACGAACCACUGAAGAUUUACAGCUUAUACAACUCGAUGUACAGACCAGAAUUCAGUAUCUUAGGGUGCCUCUUGAAAAUCUGGACGUCUUUGAUGAAAUGCUGGCGGACCGCAGGUUCCGCCUUUCUAUCAUCGAUUACAACGAGAAGAUUGAACUUGCCAUUACACGUUUCACGGCAGCUGUUAGCGACUCGCUCAAAGACCUGGGAAAAGGAAAAGAAGCUGUCAGCGCUCUAUGGCACCAAGUUACACAACUAGUCAAAGAUUGCAAUCCCGAAUGUAACACACUGGUUGCAAUUUAUCAUGCCAUGAUUUCAAAUGUGGAAGGCUGGUUCGCUGCGCUUUCAAGACUUAUUAAAAGAGGCACCGUCUUAGAUUCGGUUCUCUUUCAGCUCAACGCAGCAGUCAUAGAAAUGCAGCGACGUGUAGGCGUGGCAAGCAGGAAAGAUUUGAUGACUCGGCCUCGGCCUCGUUCAAAGACCCCUACACCAAGUCUUCGACCAAAAUCAAUUAGAGAAAGGAUUUUUGAUCGGAGUUAUUCUGUCAGUGUCCAUAAUAAACCACUUCCUGGUGACCCAGACUUGAUGCACGCAAUGGGCAUAGAACCAAGCACAAACCAGGUCAUGACACAUAAGUUGGCACAAAAGAGUGUACCGAAUUUGAGGGAUGUAAAGAGAUCACAGUCCCAGAACAUGAAAACAGGCCGCCAUACCCGGAAAAGGUCUGUCAGUGAUAGUGUCAACAUUGGUCGCCAAGAAUCACCCACACCUCAAUCUCAGAGGCCUUCUACUGCCCGGAAACUUUCAAGAAGUUUUCUAUCAAGAAUGUCGGUCCAUGAAAAACCCGAAACGCCUCUCGAAAGACCAUCCACAGCGCCAGCAAGAGCAUCUAAGGCGCGAAGUAUAUCGAUAGAACACUUCAAGAACAGCUUUGGAGGAAAACUGCCGCAAAAUUGGAAUACUUUGCAUGCGACCUCUAUACCCGAAAACGAGCAGAUACCGGUACAUGUUUCCAGCAAGCGCGAUACAAUGAAGUUGCAGCUGGCGCAGUACUUCAAGUCAGACAAAGUGAUCGAUGCAUGGGAAAGUUGUGGGUACACCAAAAAAAAGCAGCCUCCGUAUGCGCUGUCAAAGAAGAAAGAUUGGCCGUCAAGCGUUUUCUGUCUGAAACCAGCAGACACUUCCACUGCUUCAGAUGUCCGGCGCCCGCCUGAUAUCUCCAACACAGGCAAGAGCUUUGCCUGCGAGUAUGACUCUGAAAUACGCACGACAGAGGAUCGUGAUAAAGUUGAAAAUCUGAAUACAUACUCGCUGAAACCGAAACGUGCCGAUGUCCCUCGAAUACCUGUUCCUUCAUCUCCGAUGAAACCAGAAAAGGCCGAGGACCUCCGGGGCUUAGAGGAGAAUAAGACGGGUGACGAUGAAUCAAUUAUGAUCACAGCACUGCCCUCUGUCCCCGUACAUCUGGUAAGAACAAUCGAGAGACUCAUCUUGAUCAAGACCUAA